UGGAGGCCGGCGCCCGCGGGCGCCCGGGUAGGCGCCCUUCCUCCCCGUCCCGCUAACUCCGCGGCUGCUGGGCCCGGCGGGUGGGGCCCCGCGGGAGCCCCACCUCGAUCCGGUCGAGCAGGCUUCCCGGAGGAGGCGCUGCGGAGCGGAGAAGGGGACGGAAGAGAGAGCGGGGAGUUUCGGCGUUGGCGAUCCUGGCGCGGAGCGCUUGCAGCAGAGGCCGCGGGUCUGCAACGCUGAAAGAUGGCUGAGACUUUGGGGGUCUCUGAGAAAGUGACCCUCUUCCGCCAGAAAAACGGGGUCACUUACCGUAUCCCGGCUCUGCUCUACCUGCCCUCCGAGUCCACCUUCCUGGCCUUUGCGGAGGAGCGCUCCUCGGUGAAGGACCAAGAUGCCAAGUCCUUGGUGAUGCGACGCGGACGGAAAGAGGGCCUGUCUGUCAAGUGGGGUCCCCAAGAAUGUCUUGCCAUGGCCACGUUGCCAAAAUACCGCCCCAUGAACCCCUGCCCCGUCUACGAGGCCAAGGACGCCACCAUUUUCUUGUUCUUCAUUUGUGUGCUUGACCACAUCACGAACAAACAACAGAUCUGGAAGAGCGAAAACAUGACUAGGCUGGCCUACAUCUUCAGCAAAGAUGGCGGACGCACCUGGAGCCCAACGACGGACAUGACCGAACAGGUGAUUGGAGAGGAUGUGAGCAACUGGGCCACGUUUGCCGUGGGACCGGGCCAUGGGCUGCAGCUGAGCUCCGGGCGGCUGGUCAUCCCGGCCUACGCUUACUACAUUCACACACACUGGUUUGGACACCCGCUGUGCUGUGGCACCAAACCGCACCCCUUCGCUUUCUACAGCGACGACAGUGGGAAGACGUGGCUGAAGGGCCAGCUUCUCCGAAAACCCCUGCGGGCCUCAGAGUGCCAAAUGGCGGAGGUGGUGGACGAGAAUAACAGCCCAGUGUUAUACUGUAACGCCCGUGGCGGUGACGGAUACCGAGUCGAGGCCUUCAGCAGAGACGGUGGAAGACUCUUUGAACACCCCUUCCAAUCUCAGAAACUGGCGGAGCCUCAUAAGGGAUGCCAAGGCAGCGUGCUGAGUUUUCCUUCACCACAACUGGGGUUUCCCUUGGCUUCCUCAAAGACCCCUGAAUCAUGGUUGAUCUUCUCCCAUCCCACCAACCGAAAGGAGCGUGUGGAUCUGGGCGUCUACUUGAACCCCUGUCCGUUGGAGGAGAAUUCCUGGAAGACGCCAUGGAUCUUGAACACAGGACCCAGUGGCUACUCAGACUUGGCUGUUUGCACUGGGGAAAAUCCCCUCUUCUUUGGCUGUUUGUUCGAAUGUGGAGAGUCGACGUGUUACGAAGAGAUCGCCUUCCGAUUGUUCAGUGGCGCAAAACUCCUGAAAAGCCAGGACGUAACCUGUGCAGAAAAGAAUUAACUCCCUAUACAAGCCAGGCCCACAUCUCUGGGGCCCAUCAGCACCAGAGGAGGAUUAAAUCACAGCCUUUUUAUACAUAAUUUUUAUGAAUUUUUUUUAACAGAGUUAAGAAACAUAAUAGGAGCUAACUAGAAUGGAAACCAAAGGCAAUAAAGAAAAAUAGUAAAUAAUGGAAAAAAAACCAUGAAAAAAAAUAUAUAAAAAGCAGCUUCUGAUCUUCUUGACAGUGGUUAUAGAUGCAUGUAUAUUUUUCAUCAGGGAAUUGUGCAGCCGGUGUCCAAAUGAAGUCAGAGACGCUGUGCAGAAAAGAAUUAACUCCCUAUACAAGCCAGACCCACAUCUCUGAGGCCCAUCAGCAGCAGAGGAAGAUUAAAUCACAGACUUUUUGCACGUAUCUUUUAUGAAAGAAACUUUUUAACAGAGUUAAAAAAAACAUAAUAGGAUCUAACCGGAAAGGAAACUAAAGACAAUAAAGAAAAAUAGUAAAUAGUGAAAAAA